GCAGAACUAAAAAUGCGGGAACGCACACUGCUUCUGCCCGCCCCUUCUGCUUUCCACCAUGGGUUUCACAGACGCACUGGCAGAUUUUUCGCGUCAUCGCAAUGCAUACACCCUCGCCCUGUCUGCAUCUAUGGGAUCUAUCUUCUUCGGUUGGGACACCGGACUCAUGGGUGGCAUUUUAACCCUUACGUCUUUCCAGCGCUACUUUGGUAUCGAUAAGUUGUCCGCAUCUGCUCAAGCCAAUUUCAAUGGCAAUAUCGUGUCAGUUAUGCAGGCUGGAUCCAUCUUCGGUGCCUUAUCGACUAGUUGGGCAUCCAGUCGUUUUGGGAGGAAACGGUCUCUAAUUGCUUCGGGCGUUAUAUACACCAUCGGAAGCCUGAUUCAAUCCGUCGCUGGCCUCGGAAGCAGCCAGGCUGUCGCUCUUCGAGUACUAUACUUUAGCCGCGUCUUUGCUGGCAUCGGAGUGGGCAUGGUAUCCGCCCUGGCUCCCUCAUACAUAUCAGAGUGUAUGCCCAGACACAUCAGGGGGAGGUGUACCGGCCUUGUCCAAUUCUCUGACAAUAUUGGUAUGAUGCUGAGUUUCUGGGUGAACUACAGCGCUUCUAUCAAUAUUCCAUAUAGCGACAUGCAGUGGCGUAUGCCUUUCAUGAUUCAGCUUGUCCCGGGUGUCCUCUUCAUCCUUCUCAUGAUUCCACAACCAGAGUCACCCCGUUGGUUGGUCGAGCGGGGGCGCUACGAUGAGGCCGCAAGGACGCUUGCAUAUGUUGUUCGAACGUCAGUCGAUGACAAAGCUGUUCUUCUUACACUCGACGAGAUCAAAGCGGACUUCAUCGGCAAGCAGCGAACAUCUUUGGUUACUCAGUUCCGCAUGAUGGGAGAGUCACGUCAGGUUGCGCUCCGCUGCUUUAUCCCCUCUAUCCUUACCUUCUUCCAGCAAUGGACUGGUACAAACGCUGUCAACUACUUCAGCCCGCAGAUCUUUGCUGCGCUUGGUAUUACUGGCACAGCAUCUGGCCUAUUUGCAACAGGAAUAUACGGUCUCGUGAAAGUCAUCGCUGUCGGUCUUACCCUGGCAUUUGCUGUGGAAAGUUGGGGUCGCAAGAUGUGCCUCUUCGUGGGCGCCGUGGGGCAAGGUUUAACCAUGCUCUGGAUUGGUGCCUUCGGCGCCAUCCACCCGCAGAGUACUUUUAUACCUGCGAGUUACGUGUCAAUCGUCGCCGUCUACCUCUACGCAGUAUUUUAUUGUAUCGGCUGGGGACCUCUACCGUGGGUCGUGGCCAGCGAAGUUGCACCCAAUCAUGUCCGCGCAGCCACACUUACUGUCGCGGUCAGCAUCAACUGGUUGUUCUCAUUCAUGAUAUCACGCUUGACUCCAGUCAUGCUGGAGAAGAUCACGUACGGGACAUUCCUGCUCUUUGGCAUCUGCUGCGUGAUCAUGGCAGCGUGGACAUAUUUCUUCCUCCCUGAGACGAAGGGGUAUGCGUUGGAGGACAUCAAGUAUCUGUUCGAGAAGGAUGUGGUAGUGAGGUCUUUGGAGGAUGCGCCUGGUGGACGCAUGUUCCUUGGAGGCAAGCGAGCGACGCCUGUGGCAGACAUGAGGGGAGGGGCAGAUAUCCAGGAGUCGAGUGACAGUUCCCAAAAGGGGGAUGAAGAGUGUAUUGAAGUUUCCAAUUUCCAGAUUUGAUUGUUACAGGUUUGAUUUCCUCAAAGUGCUUCCGCGUACGUCGCCAACUCCCAGAAGCAUUUUGUACCCCAUAGUUUCAGUACAAUGAGGAAUGUUAUACCGGCUUUCAGUAUUGACCCGCAUCAAGAGUGAUGCCCUUGCGGUGACCUUGCCUUGUUUUCUCCAGGAAAUUGCUGAGCAGAACAGAGACAAGUUUGCCAGGCAUUCGAGG